ACACAUACAUGAGUCACUGAGUUAGUGUUUUCAGUCCUAUUUUCAUUUCUCAUACAGCAGCCAUAGAAUCAAAAGAUCUUUCUCUGGUCUCUCUUUCUCUCACACCUCAUCUCUCUCUGUCGUCUCCAAUUACUAGAAGAAUCAGUCCGAUCGUCCGAUUUGAAGCUCGACAGUCAGAUCAUCUCUUUCCGUCUAUCAUCCUCAACCCUCUCGUCGUCACUCAUCACGCCGUCGAUCAUCAUCACUCCUCGACGAAAGCAAUCUCUUCAGCCAACCUCUCCUCGACGAAAGCGAAACCCAAGAUCUCACCUAGUUGCUGUGGUGCGGAAGCAUCUUUCUUCCCAUUGUUGUCUGCUUCUGUCUCUACUAAUUAAGUAUCGGGGCGGAUAUGGGUAAACAUUCUGUUUCGGGGAUCGGGUAUGGAAAUCCCCAUAUCUGCCCCCCCGAAUGCCAUCCGAUUCAAUCCCGACUUUAGUCCGUCAGGACCGCCACUGUACUCUGGCUGCGCAUUCUAUGCAUCGCAGGGAUUUGUCGCUAGUUCUCCUAUAUAUAUAUAAAACCAAGACUCCGAGCAUUAAUUCCACAAUCAACGACCAAAACGAAAAGGUACGACAAUGUCGUCUCAGUUUAACAACCACGUGCGCAUGUUCAAAGAACUACCAGAAGACGAUCAACUACGGCUAAUUGACGAAGCCUCUAAGGCAGUUGGCGAUCAACUUGUUAUUAACAAAAUCAAGAAACAGUACCCCACAGAUAGCGACAAGGAAUUCAGAGUCAAAAAAUAUCCCGAGCUGCUAAAGAAUCUCCCAAAGGAUUCUCAACAGAAUUUCAUCACUAAUGCUGAAAAGGAAUUAACUGGGGAUCGGAUAUUUAAGACGAAAACUAAGGAUCCGAGGCCACCACCUCCGCCUCCAGCAGGAGCCGAAGGGUCUACUACUACCGGAGCCGGAGGGUCCGGCUCUACUACUACUGGAGCCGGAGGGUCUACUACUACUGGAACCGGAGGGUACGUUGCUACUUCUGGAGUCGGGCGGUCUACUACUGGAGCUAGAAGGUGAGGCAAACAUUGACUGAGAAGUUGGAGGACUAUCCCUUUUGAUUUACUUUCAAAUAUUGUGUUGUAUCAGUGGGUUUGUAUUUUCCAAUUACUAGGUGGUUAAUUAGCUUCGUGCUCCGGACAAAAGCCAUGGCCGUUGGCUUUUUGUGACCAAGUAUUGUUCAGUUUAUAUUGGUAUGUGUACGUGUGAUUGUAGAUGUAUGAUUACAUAAUUGAAUGCAUUUGGUGUAAAGUAAA